CCAGGUGGUAUUGAUGGGCGCUCUCUUUGUGGUGGGCGGUUCUCUGCAAGUUCGCGUUUGGCCCUGGCGCACUGAGCAGGCCAACUAUGCAGAUCUGGUGAUGACCUCCUUGCUUCAAGUUGUUCUGCUUGGAGCAGCACCAUUGCUCGAAAUCGACCAGGCCAAUUCCACGGAGAUCUUGGGUUGGCUUCUCUGUGCAGCAGUCCUUGGCCCGUUCCUCGCAGGACUGGCCGCGAUCGGUUAUUCAAUUUGGCGACAUUUCCAGCCCAGCAAUGUCUUCGGCAUGUUCUUGUGCCAUCACAAGGGAGGUGCUGGCAGUUUGUGCCGUCUUAUGAAGCUUCUGAUUUCAAGGCACAGCAACUGCAACGUAUUCUUGGACUCGGAUCAGUUGGAAGAUCUGGACCUCAUCUUCGACACCAUCCGGGCCAAAACCAAGAGCGUUGUGGUGGUUCUGUCUCCCGAGCUUUUGAAGCGAAUGUGGUGUGCUGGUGAGAUUGUGACCGCCUUCAAGAACAAGGUCAUUACCGUGCCGGUGAUCUGCGAUGGCUUCAUCCAGUUGACUUCUGAGACGCUGGAAGCUAUCCCUGAAGUGUGGACAGCACAGCAAAAGCAAAUCCUGGCCAAUUAUGGCAUCACCAUGGAGGAUGUGAAGCAGGCCUAUGUCUGGCUCCGCGACGAGUUGAAGCCCUUGACGUUGCACCGUUUUGGCCCGGCACAACAACGUGAGGACGUUGUGGUCGAAAUUGUGCAAAGAGCGAAGGUAUCCAUGAAAGUCUUCCGUGCAAAUCAGAGUUCUGCAGGGGGCAAAGUGAAAGCACGUAUUCUGAUCACGGGCUCGGUGACGGAUGCAGAGGCCUUGGCCACCUUGGAAGUCUUCCAGAUCCUGGUCCAAAAUCAUUUACGCGUGGAAUGUGCCAUGGUUCGCUCUCCUCAGGAGUUGAUGGCACAUAAGCCAUAUGCCUAUUAUUUCGUGGUGCUCUUCUCUCGAGGAAUGCUCCGCGACCCACGCUUCGCGCAGAUUCUCUUGAGCACAGGUGCUGGCAAGGAAGAAGAAGAGGCAGAUGAAAGGCAUCUUGAGAUUGUCACAGUCAGUGCAGACACAGGCUUUGAAUUUCCGAGUGCCGAGUUUUACAAAGAACUGGAAGUGCAAGGUUUGGGCGAAGGUCUGGGACCAGAGAUCGGACCCAGCCUGGCGAAGGCUUACCGCGCUUUGCUCAACGUCCUGGCCUUGCCGCUGUCUCCCUUGGGAUCUGAAGGUCUGCUGGAAAAGCAGGUCUCCGAAAUUUCUCGCCGCUUUCGCCGCUAUCGGGAUCCAGCCUCUGCGAUUGCCAUGGACAACAAUGAAGAUAUGAAGCACGGUGGCGAAGGCGUAGACAUGCAGCUCUUGGAGGCAGAGCUGGCGAAAGAGGUGCAAGAGGGGAGCCGCUUGCCACCGACGACACCUGUGCUUCAGAGGGAGGAAAGUGAUACUGCUUCAGCCCAUGCGGUGAGCAUUGCAGAAUUCUGAUCCGUAAUGGAGAUGACUUUGGUACUUGGAUCAUGAACCAGUUGGCCUUCGGUUGGAAGGGCACUAGUCCAGACUCUCACCUUUUUUUCCAGCCGUGGCUAGCAGUGGCAAGUUAUUGACCUGCCAGUCUGAAAGCAAGUUCUCUGGAC